GCCAACGGAGAGCAUAGCAUGCACUAUGUGAUUUCCUAGUAUUCCUAGCUAACUAUAUAUAUGGCCUAAUAUAACUAAUUAAUUAGCCUCUUUCUGAAGGCAAUUUCUCUCGGUUGAUCCUCUCAAAUAUUUGAUUGUUUUUAUUAAUCAUAUUUCAUAUUUGUAUAUAUGUUGAUCGUUCUUUGAGGUGAUUGGUUUGAGUUGUGGGAUGAGAAGAAGCCAAGGCAAGUGUUGAUCAAGAUGGAGAAGCAGGGCACGUGCAUUACCAACUCAUCAUGCAUGUACUAUACCCUUCAUUAUUAUAAUUAAUACUACACAUUUAUUAAUUGUCUACACACUUACAUAAAUAAAAAUACUAGUAUAUAGUUAGUGGCUUAAAAUUAUCAAAAAAAAAGUUAGUGGCUUAAUGAGUUAAUCAUCUGAGUUGGUAUUUCAUGUGUCCGCCUUCGCCAUCAUGACCACUUUGCCUUUAUGUUAAUGGUGGAUUCCUGCAAGCAUAUCCACUCCAGCAGCCAUAUCAUCCAUCAUCUUCAUAAAUUUGCCCACAUGCAGAUCAUAUCCUUAAUUAUGAAGAAUAGUUUCAAAUACGGACCUACUCUUCAAUCUUCAUGAGUGUCACAAUGAUGCCAUUGAACUAUAAGCUUUGUAGGAGUUGAUAAAGUUAAAUGAACGAUGAUAACAACAUUGCGCCACCCGCCUCCGACGCCUUCACCGGAAGCGGUUGCCGAACCGGUGAUCGUGGUCGGCCAAAACUACUUGGCACCAUAUGUGAUAGAUUUGAACGUUACUAGGAAGAUGAUGAUGAUGUUAAUGGAAGGCACUACCAUCUCGGUCAACGACAUCUAUGGCGAUCAAUGGUUUAAGGUUAGGGGCAAAAUGUUGAGCUUGCGUGACCGCCGUGUUUUGUUUGACGUUGCUGAUAACCCCCUCGUCACGUUCCAACACAAGCUACUAACUGCACAUAGAAGAUGGAUAGCAUACAGAGGAGACAGCACAGAUGAAAAUGAUGUACUUUUUACUGUUAGACAGUCAUCACUAAUUCAAGUCACAUCUGAUUCCAAGACAAAACUUGAAGUGUUCAUGGCACAUAACAUGGCCAAAGAAGGUAAUGGUGUGUGUGAUUUCUACGUCAAAGGCAGUUGUUGUGAAACUUCUUGUGACAUUUUCAUCGGAGGGACUAAGACUAUGAUUGCUCAGAUGCACAGAAGUCAAAGUUUCUUUAGUGCGUAUCUUGGAAAAGACAAUUUCACGAUGUCCAUUCGUCCAAAUGUUGAUUAUGCCUUCAUUGUUUCACUUGUUGUGAUUCUUGAAGAAAUUAAUAGUGAGAGGAAACGCCAAGAACUGGUCAUAAAAUCUUGUGGCCUUUUCGGUUAAUAUAUGUAUGUAUAACAAUAAUCAAACACAUUAAAAUGCUUAAAAUAUAAUAUUGUACAAAUAUCAAUUAAAUGAUCUCACAAACAUAGAUUUUAUGUUGAUUACCCGCUCACUAUCACUGAUUUGAUGCAUAUAGUUCAACCAAAG